CAUUGUUUUUUUUCUGUCCGCGGUCUAUCACAUAGUGUUUUCCUCCCCCCUAAUGAUUCAAUAGUUUUGCAACUUUGUUUACUUUUAUAUAUUCUAACAGCAGGUGAAUUUGUCCUUCUGAAACAAUAAUGCGAAACAUUAUGUCAGCCGAUUGUUCUACUGACUGAUAAAAGUAUUUUAUAUAACCUCCAAGCUGCGGUAGACAAGUGUUUUUUUUGAGAUGAUGAUCCAAGGGUUCAGAAGUGUAUGUCGUCUAGGACUCAGGGUCCAGCCACAGUUGCAGCCGCGCCGCUUCUCCAGCAAAGAUGCGAGCAACACUGGCACGUCAAUCAAAGCAGAAUGGAGGAAACGAAGGAACAUUAUAUUCGACAACGAGGUGGGCCGAUUGCAGCACGAGUUGGGCAGAGUAGAGAAGAUAAUGGUGAAGUUCCAACCAACCUCAGAAGAGGACAAAGUCAUUGAAAUGGCUAUGAACAAGAGUCUGUCUACGCCGAGUGAUUGUGCCAAGCACGUGUCGGAUGAUAUAUACCAGUAUGGUGCCAUAGCACUGGUCAACGGACAGCCCUGGGACAUGAACAGACCCCUGGAACAGAACUGCGAUCUUAAGAUAUUGACCAUGAGGAUGCCUGAGCAGCUACCAUCCGUCAAUUCUGCUUUCUGGCGCACCUGUUCGUUUUUGCUGGGGGCCAUGAUCGAGUCUUCUUUCAAAGAUCACAUACAGCUGUACCUUCACAGCUUUCCAAGGCCAAACGUUAAAUCCGGUAGUUACGUGCACGACGCAGUUAUAGAUCUACCUGACUGGAAACCAACAGCCGCGGAAAUGCGUGCUUUGUCAGCGCAGUUCGUUAAAUUGACAAAUGACGCUCUGCCCUUGGAAAGGCUCGAAGUCACGGAAUCCUUGGCUCUUGACAUGUUCCAGGAUAAUCCUUACAAAAGUAAACAGAUACCGGAAAUCGCUAAAUUGAAUGAUGGCAAAGUGAUUUUGUAUCGAGCGGGUGAUCACAUCGACAUCAGCAAAGGGCCCAUGGUAGGCCAUACGAGCAUCAUUGGAAAAACGACCAUUGCUGCUGUACACAAGAUUCAGUCCGACGAGGUGGAUAGGAUGUACCGCUUUCAGGGUAUAUCUGUAGCAAGAGGCACGCACAUCAAUCACUUUGUCUUCAGUAUCCUGGAAGACAGAGCCAAAAAUCUCAACGAAUCCGUGUGGGUGCCACAGAAACUGCACGUCGAGGCUGAGGAAAGAACCAGCAUAGCUGCGAAAAAUUAAGAGAUUCGAGUGCCGAAAGACACGUGUAAAUAAACUUGUGCAUUAGAUGGAUGGUGGAGAUCUUAGCUUACGACAUUUGUACUGUUUAAUCGUCGAUAUCGAGGAAAAAGACAAAUAUAAGUAUAUCAUUGAGCAAAUAAAAAGAUUUUUUAAAACUUGA